ACCGGGGGAGAGGAGCGCGGGGCCCGGGAACCGCAGACCCGCAGCCUCCCGCCCCAGCGCCAUGGACGGCCCCGACAACGCGACGCUGCUCUUCGCCCCGUCCUCGCUGCAGCCGGACAACUACACGCUGUCGCCCAAUGCCAGCAGCCUGCGCCCCGGCUCGGACCUGCCCGUCGCCCUGAACUCCAGCGCCGGGCCCGGCCCCGGGCUCAGUCUCGCGCCCAGUCCCGGCGUCGGUUUCAGCCCCGGCCCCACGCCCACCCCGGAGCCGACGGCGGGCGGCUCGGCGGGCGGCGCGGCCAGCCUGGGCCCGUCCCUGUUCCCCCACCCCUGGGCGCACCCCCAGACCCCGUUCUGGGACACACCGCUGAACCACGGGCUGAACGUGUUCGUGGGCGCCGCCCUGUGCAUCACCAUGCUGGGCCUGGGCUGCACGGUGGACGUGAACCACUUCGGGGAGCACGUCCGCCGGCCCGUGGGCGCGCUGCUGGCCGCGCUCUGCCAGUUCGGCUUGCUGCCGCUGCUGGCCUUCCUGCUGGCCCUGGCCUUCUCGCUGAACGAGGUGGCCGCCGUGGCCGUGCUCCUGUGUGGCUGCUGUCCCGGCGGGAAUCUCUCCAACCUCAUGUCCCUGCUGGUGGACGGCGACAUGAACCUCAGCAUCAUCAUGACCAUCUCCUCUACACUUCUGGCCCUAAUCUUGAUGCCCCUGUGCCUGUGGAUCUAUAGCCGGGCUUGGAUCAACACCCCCCUGGUGCAAUUACUACCGCUGGGGGCAGUGACCCUGACUCUCUGCAGCACUCUCAUCCCUAUUGGCUUGGGGGUCUUCAUUCGGUACAAAUACAACCGGGUGGCGGACUACAUUGUGAAGGUUUCCCUGUGGUCUCUGCUAGUGACGCUGGUGGUCCUUUUCAUAAUGACUGGCACUAUGUUAGGACCUGAACUGCUGUCGAGUAUUCCUGCAAGUGUUUAUAUGAUAGCAAUUUUUAUGCCUCUGGCAGGCUAUGCCUCAGGCUACGGCUUGGCUACUCUCUUCCAUCUUCCACCCAACUGCAAGAGGACUGUAUGCCUGGAAACGGGCAGUCAGAAUGUGCAGCUCUGUACUGCCAUUCUGAAACUGGCCUUCCCACCACAAUUCAUAGGAAGUAUGUACAUGUUUCCCUUGCUUUAUGCCCUUUUCCAGUCUGCAGAAGCAGCGAUUUUGGUCUUAAUAUAUAAAGUGUAUGGAAGCGAAAUAUUGCACAAGCGAGAUCCUCUAGAUGAAGAUGAAGACACAGAUAUUUCUUAUAAGAAACUAAAAGAAGAGGAAAUGGCAGACACUUCCUAUGGCACAGUGAAAGCUGAUAAUUUAAUUAUGAUGGAAACCACUCAGACUUCUCUCUGAACGUGAAGAUACAGAGGCGCUUCUAUCUUGCUGAAAUAUUAUUACUUCAUCGUUAUGGUCUGUGGUAGUGAAUAUGGUUUACAUAAAGGAGAACAAAUGGUUCACAUCAUCAUAUGUGUCACGAUUAUGAUCUUCCCAUUGUAAGGUUGCAUUGGUGUAUUAACCAAGCGUUUUCCCAAAUUACAAAUCAAUGUCAUAAUAUAGCUUGCACCUGGGACUGCUAGGGUAAAGCCUGAACAUGUUAGCUGUGCUCUUUGGUUUUUACCAUUACCAAUUUCUAUGUUUCAAAUAUGUAAACUCUUAGAAAACAGGGUCUUGGAAAUGUAGAAUUUUGGUGCACUAUCUUAUAUGAGUAAAAACAAGCUUUUUUUUGUAAAGCAUAAUUUGAAAGCAAUUUGUAAAGCAUAAUUGAGUUUAAUGUAAUUGUAAAAAAACCAAGUGCUUGCUCAACUUAGAACACCAGACAGUGUUGAAUUUUGAGCUGUAUUAAAAAAAAAAAAUCCCAAACCAGGUCAACUAAGCAAUGAAAUACAGUAUUUUAUUGUCAAACCUGUAUCAAAUCAACACAAAAGUACAUUAAUGUAUAUCUGAUACCGAUUAAUAAUGGACAGCUAACAUUUUUCCAGGGAACAAGGCAUUUUCUUCUCAGUUGGGGACUGAUUUGGUUUCUGCAUUUAUGUCGACACAUCGCAAAUCAAUUACCUUUUGGAGGGAUAAUUUGGUUAGGAAAAUUUUAGUACUCUCCACCCCAAUAGACAUCAAUACCUCGUGGCACUCGCUUGAGGUGGGGGGUGGAGGGGAGGGGAGGACGUGCUGCGGGGGGAGAAGACAAUUAGCCUAGAUACGGAUGCCUUAGAGUGCUUUCCCUAUGGGGUUCCCGAAAGGGGGCAAGGGGUGGACUUUUCAGAGCAGUUCCGAGACAAUGAAACUACGAUCUGAGAUCAUAGGUAACAGACCCAAAGCAGUUCCCCCCAACCUGUGCAUUUUUGCUCACUAGCCAGACAGAGGCGCCCAGCUUCGCCUCAGCUUCCCGGGCAGCGCAGACACACCUGGAAGCCUCGAGGCCCGGGACCACCUGGCUCGGCUAAUCCCGGUGAUUGCGCUCUUUUGUCGGUAUCCUCUUCACCUCCGGCGAGCUCACUCACCAAUCAGUUCUUGCAUCACAAAGAAAGCAGUCUUUCCCCAUCACCGAAGGGUAUUUGUGGCGACCUCCGGGUGUGGAAAAUUUCCCCACAGAGGUCAGGGACAGGCCGCCUAGGCGGGGACUCCGGGACCCGAGCCGGGGACGGGC